GCGCCGCCUUUCCCUCCUUGCCGAACGCCUCCGAUCCUAAGUCCGGCUCGCUGCGCUGCCCACCGCCCCGGCCCUGGUCCCCACCGCCCCGGGCCUGGUCCGCACCGCCGCCAUGGCGAAGCCCCUGACCGACCAGGAAAAGCGCCGGCAGAUCAGCAUCCGCGGCAUCGUGGGCGUGGAGAACGUGGCCGAGUUGAAGAAGGGUUUCAACCGGCACCUGCACUUCACGCUGGUCAAGGACCGGAACGUGGCCACCCCCCGCGACUACUUCUUCGCGCUGGCGCACACGGUGCGCGACCACCUGGUGGGGCGCUGGAUCCGCACGCAGCAGCACUAUUACGAAAAGUGCCCCAAGAGGGUUUAUUACCUCUCUCUGGAGUUUUACAUGGGCCGAACAUUACAGAACACCAUGAUCAACCUUGGCCUGCAAAAUGCCUGUGAUGAGGCCAUUUACCAGCUUGGAUUGGAUAUGGAGGAGUUAGAAGAAAUUGAAGAAGAUGCUGGGCUUGGCAAUGGGGGUCUUGGGAGGCUUGCUGCCUGCUUCUUGGAUUCCAUGGCAACCCUGGGACUUGCAGCCUAUGGAUAUGGAAUCCGAUACGAAUAUGGAAUCUUCAAUCAGAAGAUCCGAGAUGGAUGGCAGGUAGAAGAGGCAGAUGAUUGGCUCAGGUAUGGAAACCCCUGGGAGAAGUCUCGCCCUGAGUUCAUGCUGCCUGUGCACUUCUAUGGAAGAGUGGAGCACACCAAGAAUGGGACCAGGUGGAUUGAUACCCAGGUGGUCCUAGCUCUGCCAUAUGAUACGCCGGUGCCUGGAUAUAUGAAUAACACCGUCAACACCAUGCGCCUCUGGUCUGCUCGGGCACCAAAUGACUUUAACCUCAGAGACUUCAACGUUGGAGACUACAUCCAGGCGGUGCUGGAUCGAAACCUGGCCGAGAACAUCACUCGGGUCCUCUAUCCCAAUGAUAACUUUUUUGAAGGGAAGGAGCUAAGAUUGAAGCAGGAGUAUUUCGUGGUGGCUGCUACCUUGCAAGAUAUCAUCCGGCGUUUCAAAGCCUCCAAGUUUGGCUCCACCGACAGUGCCCAAACUGCGUUUGAUGCGUUUCCGGAUCAGGUUGCCGUCCAGCUGAACGACACUCACCCUGCACUCGCCAUCCCUGAGCUGAUGAGGAUUUUUGUGGAUAUUGAAAAACUGCCCUGGUCUAAGGCAUGGGAAAUCACCCAGAAGACCUUUGCAUAUACCAACCACACAGUGCUUCCCGAAGCCCUGGAGCGCUGGCCGGUGGAGCUGGUGGAGAAGUUGCUUCCUCGACAUUUGCAGAUUGUUUAUGAGAUAAAUCAGAAGCAUUUAGAUAGAAUUGCGUCCUUGUUUCCUAAAGACGUCGACCGUCUGAGAAGGAUGUCUCUGAUAGAAGAGGAAGGAGGCAAAAGGAUCAACAUGGCACAUCUCUGCAUUGUGGGCUCCCAUGCUGUGAACGGCGUGGCUAAAAUCCACUCAGACAUUGUGAAGACAAAAGUAUUCAAGGACUUCAGUGAGAUAGAGCCCGACAAGUUUCAGAAUAAAACCAAUGGGAUCACUCCAAGGCGCUGGCUCUUAGUCUGCAACCCGGGCCUUGCAGAGUUAAUAGCAGAGAAAAUUGGGGAAGAAUACGUGAAAGAUUUGAGCCAGCUGACGAAGUUGCACAGCUUCCUGGGUGACGACGUCUUCCUCCGGGAACUAUCCAAUGUGAAGCAGGAGAACAAGCUGAAAUUUUCUCAGUUCCUGGAGAAGGAAUACAGAGUAAAGAUCAACCCAUCCUCCAUGUUUGAUGUGCAUGUGAAGAGGAUACAUGAGUAUAAACGGCAGCUCUUGAACUGCUUGCAUGUCAUCACGAUGUACAACCGCAUUAAGAAAGACCCUAAGAAGUUAUUUGUACCCAGAACAGUUAUAAUUGGUGGCAAAGCUGCCCCAGGAUACCACAUGGCCAAAAUGAUCAUAAAGCUGAUCACCUCAGUGGCAGAUGUGGUGAACAAUGACCCCAUGGUUGGAAGCAAGUUGAAAGUCAUCUUCUUGGAGAACUACAGAGUAUCCCUUGCUGAAAAAGUUAUUCCAGCCACAGAUUUGUCGGAGCAGAUUUCCACUGCAGGUACCGAAGCCUCAGGGACAGGCAAUAUGAAGUUUAUGCUGAAUGGAGCCCUAACCAUAGGGACCAUGGAUGGGGCCAACGUGGAAAUGGCAGAGGAAGCUGGGGAAGAGAACCUGUUCAUCUUUGGCAUGAGGGUGGAUGAUGUGGCUGCUCUGGACAAGAAAGGGUAUGAAGCAAAAGAAUAUUAUGAGGCACUUCCAGAGCUGAAGCUGGUCAUUGAUCAAAUUGAUAAUGGCUUCUUUUCUCCUAAGCAACCUGACCUCUUCAAAGACAUAAUCAACAUGCUCUUUUACCAUGACAGGUUUAAAGUCUUUGCAGACUACGAAGCCUAUGUCAAGUGUCAAGAAAAAGUCAGUCAGCUGUACAUGAAUCCAAAGGCCUGGAACACAAUGGUACUCAAAAACAUAGCUGCCUCGGGCAAGUUCUCCAGCGACCGAACAAUUAAGGAAUAUGCCAAGGACAUCUGGAACAUGGAGCCUUCAGAUCUAAAGAUUUCCCUAUCUAGUGAAUCUAGCAACGGGGUGAACAAAGCCACUGGCAACUGAGUUGUAAAAUGUCAGAAAAAACAGCUUGUUACUGAACUCAAAUUUUUUAUUUUAACAUUCCUUGAUUUUGUUUUGUUUGCUAAUAAUCCAGUUAAGUAUCUUUGGGAAUGAGGAGAGAAAGGGUCUGACUGUAUGAGGGCUAAAAAAAAAAAAAAGUCAAUCCCAAGGGCUGCAUGAGUGCCAAAACUUAAUAUUUUAGAGCAGAUUGGCUAGCAUGCUAGUAUUUUCCCCAGAGCUAGUCAGAAAGCUAGAAAAUUGCUUGGAACUUCUUUAAUGUCAUUUAAAUUAAUUCAACUAAGUGAAAUACAAAUGAUUUUACUACAUUGGAGCACCUUUCUUAUAAUUGUUGUCUAAGUCCAAGUCAGAGACCACCUUAUUCACAAAUAUCCCUGGCUGUUUUAGUAAGUACACAUUUUUAGGUGGGAUCCAAACUUUACCAAGUUCUGAUUUUCCACAGUGAGGUUUCAGCGUGUUUCACAAAGUAGACUUUGAUAGGCCAAAUGAUAGGAUAUGCCACCUAGCAUCCAUGCUUUCCCUUAUUAAAAUGGCAAGUGACUUGUAGAAAUGUCAAUGACUUCAGCUCAUCCAAGCAACCCAGUAAAAUGUUACAUCAAAAAAUACACAUCACAGGUGGUGGUGAUUGGACCAAGUCUUCAUUGAAGGUUUCUGCUGCUCUAGGACCAUUGUCUCAUGCCCACUGCUUGCUCAGGAAGUAUCUGUAGAAAAAUAACCUAGAUCAUCAGCUCAUAUGCUUUCCCCACCUCAUCAUCUAAGUAAGCCAGAGCAGCCCUGAUUGCCUUUAAGGGAAAGCAAAGCAACUCUUACCUUACAGUUAUUAGUAGUAUGGGGCUUUUGCAAAGGUAGUUGUGAUGGCAGCCAGGAGGAAAGAUAACCAUUUUGACCCUCUCUUUAUUCCUGUAUGCAUUGUAUGCGAUUUCAUAGAGCUGCAAAGGACAGAACAACAGACUCAUAGGUUGACAAUCAAAGCCAUGAGUUUUCUAGUCUAAUGUUCCUAAAAGGGUACAGAAACAGCCAGCCUGGGGAGUUAGUCCCAUUAAGUUAGAGACAUGGGAUCUCUCCACAUCCACAGCUGUCUCUGUAGUUCAUGAUCUGCAUCCACACAGCUGAUGGAGACACUGAGAAAACCUCGUCGUUCCCUUGCCCAGGCCUGACUGCCAGAGGGCUAGGAAUUCCUACAGACCCAAACUAAAAAUAAACUAGUAGAGGUUUAUUAUUUUGUUCUUUAAAAACCACAUCUCCAUUUUUAUAGUCACUAUUCUAGAGUGGGAGCCCUGUUGGCACAGUGGUUAAGAGCUCAGCUACUAACUAAAAGGUCAGCAGUUUGAAUCCACCAGCCACUCCUUGGAAACCCUAUGGUGCAGUUCUACUCUGUCCUGUAGGGUCGCUAUGAGUCAGAACUGACUCGACAGCACCUAACAACAACAUGCUAGAGAGACUAUCUGGAGGUUGCCAUAGCAGCGAGAACUUUAUAUUUGCAAACUCACAGACCCUGGAUAAGGAACCAGACUCUUUCCCCCCAAACACUCCUUUGAGAUGAGUAGCAUAGGAUGCUGAUGUUCACUGUGUAUACCGCCUCCUACAGGGCAGCGUGGCCAUUUAGGGGUGUAGAGAAUCCCUUAUAAUGUCAGAGAUCCUCCUUAGAGCUCUAAUUAAAGUUCGGUCAGAUAAGAAAAUGGUGAAAUAAGUAUAUUAUGUUUCAGUCAGCACUGAACUCUUAGUUUACCUUUUUUCCAUACUCCAAAGGCACUGUCUUGUCAUCCUCUCCAUGUAUGAUGAGAAGGGGAGAAGACAGGAACUUAACACUAGGGACAAGUGGAAGAAAAGCGUUCAGUUCAAGAAUUAUACGUUGGGAUUUCGCCUCUUCUAAGUUAAAGCUUUUGCAAAGCAUGAGGUUUGCCCAAAACACAAGGUACCUCUUCCUUUCCAGGAAUAAUAAUACCAUAAGCUUCAUAUAGUAACUUCUUUUUCUGUAGGCAAGUUUCCCUCUCUUCCAUUUACUCAUACAAUCUAAUAGGGUAGUAUUUUCUUUUAUGUGAUUUUUAAAAAUACCAAAGAAGACACUGAAAUACUGAAUGUAUACAGCAUUAGAAGAACUUCAUCAUCUUCCUUAUUAUAUUUUAACCAAAUGACUAUAAAGCAAAAACUUAAAACUCAAAAAUAGCAAGAACUACCACAAGACCAAAGAGACCUCUUUGUUGUGAUUUAUUUCCUCCUUGGAAAUUCUAUGGGGCAGUUCUACUCUGUCCUAUAGGGUUGCUAUGAGUCGGAAUCGACUGGAUGGCACGGGGUUUCCCCAUAUAUGUACAGGGUAGACAUGCACUUAACAGAUUCGAUUAGCUUCCUGAUCAGCCUCCUAGUUUGGUAAUUCAGAAAGGCUAUGGCAUGAAGAAUGACUUGUUCCCACUCCAAGAACUUUCUAAUAUAAAUACACCCUUCUCCAAAUUCCAGUACCCAUCUACCCAUCACAGUGAUCUGCUGUUAACUCCUAAGAAUGUUAGGUCCCUCAAGUUGUGUUGAAAUAAGGGGGAAAAAUAGAUAGAUAGAUACAGAUAACUACUACCUAGUUGAGGCCUUCUUAAAUUCUCCCAACUGCAAGAGGCUAACUUGCCAAACUAUGGUCGUUGUACUUGCUGUUGGGUUAGUGGGCUGGAUGGUGAAUGGGCUUUGGUUACUUGGGGAAUAAGGUCUAAAAGUGAGGCCUCCCCUGCGGUAUGUUAGUCUAGACACUAGAGGAUGCUAAACACUUUAAAUCUACAACUUCCUUCAUGACAACAGAUAAAGGAUUGAAUUGGUGAAGUCACUGAAUUAGGAAGAAAAUAUCAAAUGCUGGAAACUCGUGGACACCUUACUCUACUUCCUAGUGCCCAUCUAAGAAUGAUAUUUAGACUUCUCAUCUCCCCAUCUAAUAAGUCACACAAUAAUUACCCCCAAAUCCUGUGAAUAUAGUAAUAAUGGACAUCUUUUCAUCAUUAGCUUACUUUUCAUCAUUAGGGAAGACUAUUUUGUCUUUUUUCAUGGAAUCCAUAAGCAGGCGUAAAAAUCCUGGAAGUUUACGGUAAAUCUGUUCAAAAAAGAAAAAAUUAAAACUUAACCUUGUAGCUAUAAUGUCAUUUAUUAUAGUCUGCCACUAUGAUCUAUAGUAAUAACCCAGUGCUCUAGAGUAAUAUACAGUUUUUUUUUCCUAAGUAUAAUGAAUUUUUUUUUUGAAAAAAACUUUUUAAUUUGAAAAUAAUUCAUGUAAAUGCAGGGAAUUUGGAAAGUACAGAAAGAAACAAAGAUGACACACAUCACACAUAAUCACACCAUGUGUAGAUAAUCACUGUUAACAUUUUGUUAUUUUUAAUCCUGUCUUUUUUAAAAAUAUGAAUAAUACCAUUAACUCUUGUUUCUCUAUACUCAAAAAGGAGCAGGGAUGUACACAAUCUAAAAAUUGCUUCAAUAAUGAACAUAAUUAACUGGUUUUGUUGGGGAAAGAGUAUUCUGAUUAGUCAAAAGUUCUGGUGAAAUUACAUAAUACAUAGAUAAUUGGUUUUAAAAGACACGAUAAACUUCAUUGAACACAAUAUAACAAUGCUGUGAUUUAUACGGCAUUUUAGGUUUUAACAGUGACCACAGGACCCCAAACAUCAAUUAUCAUCCUAAACAUACCAAAAAAAAAAAAAAGUUCCUGUUUAAUAGCAAAUUCCAGUAAACAGAAUGCUAGAUAAAUCAGCUUUUACUGUGUUUUCAAAACAUCAAUAGGUAAAUUGGUUUAUGCUUCCUAAAAGCACCCUUUUCAGCUGAAAAGGAGGGGAAAAGGUCAGAAACCUUGAGCAAUAUAGAGCCUUCCUUACAAGUUUGAUCCCUACCUCUAAACUAUAUCCCACAUCUCCCUCUCUUCACAUCUUUGCUAUCAUCUGGCCUAAGUCACAGUUCAUCUCUUGCUUGGACUGUGACAACAACCUCCUAAGUGACUCCCUGCUUCCACCUUCCUCUAUAAUCCAGUUCCCACAGGGAAACGAGAGUGAUAAUUUCAAAAUGCAAAUCAGAUCACGUUACUCUUGCUUAAAAUCCUCUGAAGGCACUUGGAAUUAAACCUAAACAUUCAUGUUGACCUUUGAGGCCCCACAGAACCUGGCUGCUCAUCUAUCACUCCAGCCCUACUGCCUUCUUUCUGCACCUCGAAUGUGCCAGGCUUGUUCCUAACUUCUUCAUGUUCCCGGUCCUGCACCAUCCUCACAGUCAUUGCUAUGUUUGAGCCCACUGUUGCAGCCACUUUGUCAAUACAUCUCAUUGAGGGUCUUCCACUUUUUUGCUGACCUUCUACUUUACCAAGCAUGAUGUCCUUCUCCAGGGACUUGUCCCUCCUGGUAACCUGCCCAAAGUACAUGAGACGAAGUCUUGCCAUCCUCACUUCCACGGAGCACUUUGGCUGUGUUUCUUCCAAGACAGAUUUGUUCAUUCCUCUGGCAGUCCACGGUAUAUUCAGUAUUCUUCACCAACACCGUAAUUCAAAUGCGUCAAUUCUUCUUUGGUCUUCCUUAUUCACUGUCCAGCUUUUGCAUGUGUAUGAGGCAAUUGAAAAUACCUCAUAUACACCUUAGUCCUCAAGGUGACAUCUUUUUAACACGUUAAAGAGGUCUUUUCCAGCAGAUUUGCCCAAUACGAUACAUUGUUCGAUGCCUUGACUGCUUCUUCCAUGGGGUUGGAUUACGAAUCCAAGUAAAAGGAAAUCCGUGAUAAUUUCAACCUUCUCUCCAUUUAUCAUAAUGUUGUUUAUUGGUCCAGUUGUGAAGAUUUUUGUUUUCUUUAUGUUGAGGUGUAAUCCAUAUUGAAGGCUAUAGUCUUUGAUCUUUAUCAGUAAGUGCUUCAAGUCCUCUUUGCUUUCAGCAAGCAAGCUUAUAUCAUCUGCAUAUUGCAGGUUAAUGAGUCUUCCUCCAAUCCUAAUGUCAUGUUCUUCAUAUCUUCCAGCUUCUCGGAUUAUUUGGUCAGCAUACAGAUUGAAUAAGUAUGAUGAAAGGACACAACCCUGACAAACACCUUUCCUGAGUUUAAACCAUGCAGUAUCCCCUUGUUCCGUUUGGACAACUGCUUCUUGUUCUAUCUACAGGUCCCACAUGAGCACAAUUAAGUGUUCUGGAAUUCUGAUCCUUCACAAUGUUAUCCAUAAUGUGUUAUGAUCCACACAGUGGAAUGACUUUGCCAAAACACAGGUAAACAUCUUUCUGGUAUUCUCUGCUUUUAUCCAAGAUCCAUUUGACAUCAGCAAUGAUAUUCUUGGUUCCACGUCCUCUUCUGAAUCCAGCUUAAACAUCUGGCAGUUCCCUAUUGAUGUACUGCUGCAAACACUUUUGAAUGAUCUUCAACAAAAUUUUGCUUGCAUCUGAUAUUAAUAAUAUUGUUUGAUAAUUUCUGCAUUCUGUUGGAUCACAUUUCUUCGGAAUGGGCACAGAUAUGGAUCUCUUCCAGUUGGUUGGCCAAGUACCUGUCUUCCAAAUUUUUUGCCAAAGAUGAGUGAGCGCUUCCAGCACUGCAUCCAUUAGGUGAAACAUCUCAAUUGAUAUUCCCUCCAUUCCUGGAGCCUUGUUUUUCACCAGUGCCUUCAGUGCAGCUUGGACUUCUUCCUUCAGUACCAUCAGUUCUUGAUCAUAUGCUACUUCGUGAAAUGGCUGAACAUUGACCAGUUCUUUUUGGUACAGUGACUCUGUCUGUAUUCCAGCCAUCUUCUUCUGAUGCUUACUGUGGCAUUCAGUUUUUUGCCUAUGUCAUUGUUGUUUUUAGGUGCUGUUGAGUCGGAUCUGACUCAUAGUGACCCUGUGUACUACAGAGUGAAGCCUUGCCUGGUCCUUCUCCAUGCUCACAAUCGUUGUUAUGCUUAAGCCCAUUGUUGCAGCCACUGUGUCAGUCCAUCUCCUUGAGGGUCUUCCUCUUUUUUGCUGACCCUGUACCUGAUAACAUGUCCAAAGUAUGUAAGAUGCAGUCUCGCUAUCCUUGUUCUAAGGAGCAUUCUGGUUGUACUUCUUCCAAGACAGAUUUGUUCAUUCUUUUGGCAGUCAGUGGUAUAUUUAGUAUUCUUUGCCAACACCACAAUUCAAAGGCAUCAAUUCUGCAGUCUUCCUUAUUCAUUGUCCAGCUUUCACAUGCAUAAGAUGUGAUUGGUCAUUAGGGUUCAGUGCAUCAAGUCUAUUCAUGAGAUGGUCUCUAAAUGCAGGUGGGAUAUACUCGAGGUCGAACUUUAUCUCUCAUGGACUUGCUUUAAUUUUCUUCAGCUUCAGCUUGAACUUGCAUAUGAGCAACUGAUGGUCUGUUCUGCAGUCAGCCCCUGGCCUUCUUCUAACUGAUGAUAUUGAACUUCUCCAUAAUCUCUUUCCACAGAUGUAGUCGAUUUGAUUCCUGUGUAUUCCAUCUGUGUGUAGUCACCAUUUAUGUUGUUGAAAAAAGGUAUUUGCAAUGAAUAAGUCGUUGGUCUUGCAAAAUUCUAUCAUGCAAUCUCCAGCGUCAUUUCUAUCACCAAGGCCAUAUUUUCCAACUACCAAUUCUUUGUUUGCAACUUUCACAUUCCAGUCAACAGUAAUUAUCAAUGAGUCUUGAUUACAUGUUUGAUCAAUUUCAGACUGCAGAAAUUGGUAAAAAUCUUCUAUUCAUCUUUGCCAUUAGUAAUUGGUGUGUAAAUUUGAAUAAUAGUCAUAUUAACUGGUCUUCCUUGUAGAUAUUUGGAUAUUACCGUAUCACUGAGACAGUGCUAUAUUUCAGGAUAGAUCUUAAAAUGUUCUUUUUGACAAUAAACGUGAUGCCAUUCCUCUUCAAUUUGUCAUUCCCAACAUAGUAAACCAUAUGAUUAUCCAAUUUGAAAUGAACAAUACCAGUCCAUUUCAACUCACUAAUGCCUAGGAUAUCAACGUUUAUGCUGUUCACUUCAUUUUUGAUGACUUCCAAUUUUCCUAGAUUCAUACUUCAUACAUUCCAUGUUCCGAUUAUUAGUGGAUGUUUGCAACUGUUUCUUCUCAUUUUGAGUCGUACCACAUCAUCAAAUGAAGGUCCUGAAAGCUUGACUCCAUUCACGCCAUUAAGGUCAACUCUACUCUGAGGAGGCAGCUCUGCCCCAGUAAUAUUUGAGUGCCUUUCAACCUGAACGGCUCAUCGUCCGGCACUAUUUCAGACAAUGUUCCACUGCUAUUUGUAAGGUUUGCACUGGCCAACUUUUUAAGAAGUAGAUUGUCACGUCCCUCUUCUAGUCUGUCUUAGUCUGGAAGCUCUGCUGAAACCUUUAUACCACGGGUAACCCUACCGGUAUCUGAAAUACUGGUGGCAUAGCUUCAAGCAUCAGAGCAAUACGCAAGCCACCACAGUACAACAAACUGACAGACGAGUAGUGGUUUAAAAGGAUAACAAGUGUAAAAGAUCUUAUAAAAACUGGACACCCUACAUAACUCUCAAGUAUUUUAUAACACAUAAUUGCCCUAUUUCUACCCCAGUGCCUUGGCUCACCUUCUCUCCUCCCUCUGUUCCCUAACCUCACCUUCAGGAAAGGAGCUCAGAUCCCAUCUCUCCAUAAAACAUCAUGGGCCACAACUGCCCAUGAAACUUCACUGGUCUCUGAAUUCUUCCUUCCUUGAAAUUGUUCUUGGUCCUCCCCUAACACUUACUUUAGUCUUCUCUGUAGCAGAAAAAGUAAGAAAAGGGAACAAACAUGUACUGAGCAUCCACUAGCAGCUGGGUUCUUCAUCUUACUUAAUUUAAACUUCACAAGAGCCUAUGCAGUAGGCAUUAUCAACACCUGUAUAAGAAUGGGCAAACUCAGAAGGGAAAAGACUUACCAAGGUCAUAAAUUGUUAGUGGCAGAAAUAAAAUCUGAACCCAAAUCUACCUGGCUCCAGAGUCCACGAACUUCCUACAAUUUUCUGAGUAAUGAAGUUGAUUCCAAAGUGACAGGUGAAUGAUAUUUUAUUGCCCUCUUCCCCCAUUUAUGUCCUGUCUCUCCAACUAGAAAGGAAGCUUCUUAAGGAAGCAUGCCUUUUGCUACAUCCAUGUGUCUCACACCACUCAACAAUAAUGUUCAUAGAGUUAUCGCACUUAUAAUAAAAAUAGCUGACAUCCAUUGAGUGCUUAUUUUGUGCCAGGCAGUACUGUAGAUACUUUUCAUAUAUUAAUUUGUUUAAUUAUCACAACAAUCUUGAAUAAACUAUUAUUAUCUCCAUUUUGAAGGAACCCUUGUGGUACAGUGAUUAAACUCUCAGCUGUUAUCCAAAUGGUUGGUGGUUUGAACCCACCAGCUGCUCCAUGGGAGAAAGAUGUGGUAGUCUGCUUCCAUAAAGAUUUAUGGCCUGGAAACCCUAUGAGGCAGUUCUACUCUGUCCUACAAGGUCACUAUGAGUCGAAAUCGACUUGACAGCAGUGGGUUCGGUUUUGGGUUUAUCUCCAUUUUAUUGUUAAGGUAGUUGAAGCACAGAAAGCAAUUAGCCCAAGGAAACACAGCUGUUAAGUGACCGGCUCGAACAUUGAAUCCAGUAAGUCUGACACCACAGUCUUAGUUCUUAAAUUCUGCAUGAUACUGCAGGUCUGCUAUGCUUCUAGACUGUAGAAGUGUCUGUUAAACAGAAGUUUUAUGAGAUGUUCAAUUAAAUCCCAAGCUUUAAAAAAAAUGGGAUCUUUUCUACUUCUAAUAAGAGAGGAAUUGUUACAGGCCAAGCUUUUGCCACAAACCACUAGAAAAUCUGGAUAAAGUAUAAAGAACUUUUCUUUAAAGGUGUCAGAGACCUACCAAGGCAGCGAGGACUUGGGGGCUGUAGAUCCCAGAGAGAAGGGAAGCUCAGAGAGGUGAACUCAACAUUCAACACCAGUUUCUUGAAACACAGCUGUCAAGUCAAAAUAAAGCAAGAAAGUAGAGGCAAAAGAACACAGAAUGGAUAAGGCAAAUAGAAAAGAACGUAAUAAGGGGGUAGAUUUAAACCUAAAUAUGUAAUUACAUGUAAAUAGACUAAACACUAUAAUUACAGAGAGCCUCUGGGUUAUGAAGAUCUGCCUUGUCCUUUAAUGUUAUAUACAUUUGCUCUCACUUUGACAGGAUUGAACCAACCCCUACUGCAACAAAGUCUUCACCACAGUCACCUUCACUUGCUGAACAUACAACUUUUAAAUCAUUCAAAAGGCUCAUACCCCUUUCUUGCACUAAAAUAAGGAUAAAUAAGAACCAUAUGCACCUGUUCUGACUUCCUUACAAAUGUGACUUAAAGACACACUCAGGGAAGGAUCUCAUUUGUAACCUCGGGACUGCCUGUAAUAGAGUUUACCCCAUCCUGGAAAAGAAAUAGAAAUCCCACUACAUUCUGCUCACAAGAGAUAUACAUUAAAUAUAAUAAUCCAUAAAAGUUGAAAGUCAAGGGAUAGAAAAAGAUGUAACUUGCAAACAUAGACUAAAACAAAGGUAUGCUAAUAUUAGACAAAAUUCACUUUAAAUCAAGAACCAUUAAUCAUAAAAAAGAGAGACAAUGAAAAAGAGCAAUCCACCUGGAAGACAUAAAAAAAUUACGUUAUUAGUUGUGUGCACCUAAUAAUGCCUGUACUGACUCAUAGCAACCCUACAGGACAGAGUCAGACUGCCGCAUAAGGUUUCCAAGGAUCAGCUGGUGGAUUCAAACUGCCCACAUUUGGUUAGCAGCCAAGCUCUUAACCACUGCACUACCAGGGCUCCAGAUGUUGUGUUAGCAGACAUGAAAACAACAUUAAUUAAGCUCUUGAGUGACCAGGUGCAUUGUCAAUGAGCAGUAAUAUUUUGAAAGGAGUCUUUUCUUCUGAGCAGUAGUUCUCAACCAAAAAAACCCAAAUCCAUUGCCAUCAAGUCUAGUUCCAACUCAUAGCAACCCUAUAGGACAGAGUAGAACUGUCCCAUACAGUUUCCAAGGAGCGGCUGGUGGAUUCAAACUGCCAACCUUUUGGUUAGCAACCGUUGUGCUUAACCACUAAGGCUCCAGGGCUCCAAACCGUGGCCUUAAAAUUUUCAGCAAACCGUGUUGUAAACAGAUGUGCUGUCAUUCAGGCUUUGUUGUUCCAUCUGUAGAGGACAGGCAGAGUAGACUUAACUUAAUUCUUCAGGUCCUUGGGAUUCUCAGAACGGUAAAUGAGUGUUGGCUUCAGCUUAGAGUCACCAGCUGCACUGGCCCCUAACAAGAGGGUUAGCCUGUCCUUUGAAGCUUUGAAACCAGGCAUCGAUGUCUGCUCUCUGGCAAUGAAAUUCCUAGAUAGCAUCUUCCAAUGGAAGGCUGUUCUGUCUACAUUGAACAUCUGUUGCUUAUGUAGCCACCUUCCUCAAUUAUAUUAGCUCGAUCUUCUGCAUAACUUACUGCAGCAUCUACGUCAGUACUUGCUGCUUCAACUUGCACUUCUAUGUUACACAGACAGCUUUCCUUAAACCUCAUGAACCAACCUCGGCUAGCUUCCAAGGUUUCUUCUGCAGCUUCCUCACCUCUCUCAACCUUCGUAGAAUUGAAGAGAGUCAGGGCCUUGCUCUGGAUUAGGCUUUGGCUUAAGGGAAUGUUGUGGCUCGUUUGAUCUUCUAUCCAGAUCACUAAAACUUUCUCCAUAUCAGCAAUAAGUCUGUUUGGCUUUCUUAUCAUUCGUGUGUUCACUGGACUGGCACUUUUAAUUUCCUUCAAGAACUUUUCCUUUUUGCAUUCACAACUUGGCUAACUGUUUGGUGCAAGAGGCCUAGCUUUCGUCUGUCAUGGUCUUUGACAUGGCUUCCUCACUAAGCUUAUCAUUUCUAGCUUUUAAUUUAAAGUGAGAGACAUGCAACUCUUUCUUUCACUUGAACAUUUAGAAGCCAUUGCAGGGUUAUUAAUUGGCCUAAUUUCCAUAUUGUCAAGCCUCAGGGAAUAGGGAGGCCCAAGGAGGCGGAGAGAGAUGGGGGAAUGGCCAGUUGGUGGAGCAGUCAGAACACACACAGCAUUUAUCAAUUAAGUUCGCCAUCUUACACGGGUGCGGUUCAUGGCACCCCCAAACGAUUACAAUAGUAACAUCAAAGAUCACUGAUCACGGAUCACAUAACAGAUAUAACAAUAAUGAAAAAGUUUGAAAUAUUGCAAGAAUUACCAAAACGUGACACUGAGACAUGAAGUGAGCACAUGCUGUUGGAAAAAUGGCACCAAUAGACUUGCUCAACACAAGGUUGCCACAAACCUCAGUUUGUAAAAAAUGCAGUAUCUGCAAAGUGCAAUAAAGCAAAGGGCAAUAAAACAAGGUAUGCCUGCAUGGAGAUAUGACUACAAGCAAUUGAGCAUUAGGCAUGGAAUAAAAAUAUAAAAUUAGGACAAUUUAUGCAGAUUUUUUUUUAAAGUAUAUCUUGUGAUCCAAUUCUUUGUGUUUUAUUUUGUUAGAAGGAUUGCCUUCUCUACCUGGGAUAUGAUGUAAAACCAGUAGUCAGUUGCCUUGAACUCCCUGGAGACUAUCAUAGAAUCAUGAAAGAUAUAUAGUUGACAGUUCAUAGGUCUAAAAAGAGGUUUAUUUUUACUUUCAAAAAGGAAUAAUACCACCAGUGACUGCCCUGACAGGGAACACAACAAAGAGUCCCUGACAGAGCAGGAGAAAAGUGGGGUGCAGGACUCAAAUUCUAGCAAAAAGACCAGACUUAAUGGUCUGAGACUGGAGGGACCGCAGAAGACAUGGUCCCAGGACUCUCUGUUAGGCUGUAACUGAAACCCUUCCAGAAGCCAACUCUUCAGACAAAGAUUAGACUGGACUGUAAGAUAUAAAAUGAUACUCAUGAAGACAGUGCUUCUUAGCUGAAGUAGAUACAUGAGACUAAAUGGGCAGCUCCUGUCUGGAGGCGAGAUGAGAAGGCAAAAAGAGACAGGAGCUAGUUGAACGGACAUGGGAAAUCUGGGGUGGAAAGGAGGGGUGUGCUGUCACAUUACAGGGAGAGCUACUAGGAUCACGUAACAAUGUGUGUAUAAAUUUUUGUAUGAAAACCUAACUUGAACUGUAAACUUUCACUUAAAGCACAGUAAAAAAUAAAAAUUUUUCAUUUCAAAAGAAAACAAAAAGGAAUAAUAAUAAAUAAACCUAAGUCAAGUCUAUUGGAAAAUUUUAAAGAUAAGAAGUAUGGUUAAUGAAAAAAAAAAAAAAACUUAGCUUUCGAUAA